UGGCGGCGGCGGCGGUGGGGGGGGCGCGGCUGGCGCUGCGCGGGGCGCUCGCCUCCGGGACGGCCGCGGCAGGGUGCCGCCGCGCCGGGCUCCGGAGCCGCCUGCCCCCGUUGCCGGCCGCGCCACGCCGCUCCGCGGCGCACUUCGCUUUCCAGCCGGACCCGGCGCCCAGCGCGUACGGGCAAACUCAGAAGAUGAACCUCUUCCAAUCCAUAACAAGUGCCUUGGACAAUGCUUUAGCCAAAGAUCCGACGGCAGUAAUAUUUGGUGAAGAUGUGGCCUUUGGUGGAGUCUUCAGGUGUACAGUUGGCUUGCGAGACAAAUAUGGUAAAGAUAGAGUUUUCAACACCCCUUUGUGUGAACAAGGAAUAGUUGGCUUUGGUAUUGGAGUUGCUGUUGCAGGUGCUACAGCCAUUGCAGAAAUUCAGUUUGCUGAUUACAUUUUUCCAGCAUUUGAUCAGAUUGUUAACGAAGCAGCAAAAUAUCGUUACCGCUCUGGAGAUCUGUUUAAUUGUGGAAACCUCACCAUCAGAGCCCCCUGGGGCUGUGUGGGUCAUGGUGCAUUAUAUCACUCUCAAAGUCCAGAAGCAUUUUUUGCUCACUGUCCUGGAAUAAAGAUUGUUAUUCCAAGGAGUCCUCUUCAGGCCAAAGGACUGCUGCUGUCAUGCAUAGAGGACAAAAAUCCAUGCAUAUUCUUUGAACCUAAAAUACUUUACAGAGCUGCAGUGGAACAAGUUCCUGUGGAGCCCUACAACAUUCCACUGUCUCAAGCUGAGGUGCUGCAGACAGGCAGUGAUGUGACACUUGUUGCUUGGGGCACUCAGGUACAUGUGAUCAAAGAGGUGGCAGCAAUGGCUCAAGAAAAGCUUGGUGUGUCCUGUGAAGUUAUUGAUCUGAGGACCAUUUUACCCUGGGAUACAGAGACUGUUUGCAAGUCAGUGGUGAAGACUGGACGAUUGCUGAUUAGCCACGAGGCUCCCUUGACAGGAGGAUUUGCAUCUGAAAUUAGUUCCACAGUUCAGGAGGAAUGCUUUUUGAAUUUAGAAGCUCCAAUUUCAAGAGUAUGUGGCUAUGACACUCCUUUCCCUCACAUCUUUGAGCCUUUCUACAUCCCGGACAAAUGGAAAUGCUAUGAUGCUCUUCGAAAAAUGAUUAACUACUGAGCAGUAGUACAGCGAUGAGAAGAACAGGGAAAUACAGAAGCUGCCUUCAAAACUUUCGACACUUUACUCACGUCUUUUGGGUUUGGAAUUCACAUAGCAGACUGUUUUCUCUGAACUCAACUAUCCUUAAUAUUCAUCUUGGCUAUUCUUCAGAAAGUUCAAAUCUACCUUAAUUAUGAAACAGUGAUGGGCAGGUGAUUGCUAUGCUAAGUAGUUUCAGAUGUAUUUAAAGAUAUUCCAGAUGUCCUAUGAAUGUUACAUGCUUCAGUAGGUUACACCUCUAAACUUCGCUGUGUAAAUAAUAGAAGCAGGAUUUUAUUCAAUAAAACAUAUUAUGCA